CUUAUCAGUCAAAACCUUGCUGAACUUGUUUUUUAAUCUUACAGCCGGACGAAAAACUAUUUUCACAGAAUUACUAGCUUUCAUUCUCUUAAAGUGGGCACUUAGGCGCGCGCACGUGAGAUCAUAUGAUUCGUUAAGUGACUGAAAUUGGCUCGCCAUCGAUUAACUAUUCUCGGAAUCACGGGAAGCUAAAAUUGACGCUAUCAAGAUCGGAGAAAUCAAAACGCGUAGCUACUGCCAUAAUUUGGGGGCAUUUAUUGAAAAUGGAAUCAAAUAAUUAGUUAAGCCCUUGAGUUAGAGUAUUCCCUGAGGGCAUAUAUUCUACUCCGUGACUCUGAAACUCGCAUGAAUGUGUUUCAAAUUGUACAAUAAAAAGUGGCUCCACCCUAAUUGGGUUAUUUUCCCAGAAUACCAGUCUAAUAUUGUUCCGUUCCAGGUUAUUAAAAGGUUUCAGUUUUCACUUUUAAAUAUAUCUCAUGACCAUUGGGGCUUUCCCUUCUCGAUCCCAGCGGUAACCCGGGCAUAAUAAAUACCGUGGCUGUGUGGAUGCAGAACUCAUUCAAACAUUCAAACAGCCAGUGUACCACAAAGCAAGGAAGAUAUUUUAUCUAAGAGAGUUGUAACAAGCAUGAGAGACAACAAGAAGCUACACAUUUCAGAAUCCGAAAGACGCGACCUGCAAAGUCUCUGGGAUCAAGCCGGUGAGCGGCAGUAUAAAUGCGAAAAGAUUCUCCUAGACAAUAUGGUAAGGAAGAUGUUCUAACUUUUCUGCACAGAGUGGAUAUAUUUCCAAUUUAUAAAGUGACUAGAAAAAGCAACUUUCGUUGAACAAGGCAGAAUUUUCAUGUUGAUAUUUACUCUUGAUUUUAACUUUUAUUAAAUCAACAGAAAUGUUGAUUUGUUGUUAAAGAGUUUAGUAGCAGUUUCUUUGAUGAAUGCACUAAUAUAUUAUUUUUCCCCUUCAGAAUCGCGAACUACCUGAAAGGGUCACGAACAACUUAGGCCGCUUACAAUUUGAGGAAUACCUUACGGAUUCAAAAAUUAGCCGGGUAAGACAAGAUCAGUUAUAAAAUAAUUUUAAAUGUCACCAAUUGAUAAUCAAUUACAUGUAAUCUGUUGCUUUAUUUGUUUCCUGCUCUGUAAUUUCAUUAUGUUUGAGUUCUAAUGGGUUAUCAAGUUUUCUUCGAUGAGCUUCCUUUCAUUGAAAUGUGCUUUAAACAACAAAUGGGAAAAGUGAAAUUAACACAAUUUCAUUUUCGUUUUCAGGAGACAAAUGCGGGGGUUUUUUGCGACGACCUACAGAAAUUUGAAAGAUUCAAGGCCGCUGUAGAACUGGCCCACAGCUCCCCUUACGAAGAAGUGAGAGCGUUAAGCGAGGAAUUGGAUUCGAUUUUAUUUACCCUCACAAGUCGAAUGAAAAAAGUGGUAAGUUUGAAUAUCCUUCUACAGUGUAUGUAAAUAGUGACAAACCGCAUGAUCACGAAUAUUACUUAACACAUUGCGUGACCAGUCCUCAAAGUGAAUUAUAGGGUUGAAUGAACACUAAAAAAAAAACAUUCAGACUAUUUUGGUUAAACAAAACAACUAAACGUAAAAGCCGUGUUCAAGAGCUUGAUUUGGAUCACAUAAUUUCACGAGGCAAAUGUGUAGAAAUAUGUAGACAUCUGAAUACAGAUGGUGAAAAUAAAUACGCAAAUAAACGUUUUAAGCUAUGGGAAAUUGAAUAUUUUCUAUCUGAUUAUGUUUUUUUUUCUUUUUUGUGUGUUUUUAAUACCUACAAUGCUUCAAACAAACCUUUAAUUUUUUUAAUCAUAUAUUCCUUAUGUUUUUCAGCUUAGAGAUAAAGAGAUUUCUCUCCCAUUCCCAGACGAUUUACAUGAUCUCAAGGACAAACUGAACGAAGCAACAAAGAAAUUCUUGGUAAGAUUCAGAUCAGGGGGAAGGGGUACUCCCUUAUAUAAGCUAUAUUGGUAUGUGCCGCCCCAUCGGGGAGGGUUUCUGCGCCGUUUUGGUCUGAAAACGGGAAUACACUUUGCCCAUUUUGGCCUGGAACCGGGUAUGGUUUUUGAGGGAACUACGGAGUGUAUGAAUGUAUUUAUCGUUUCUAUUCCAAAUGAGUAAGAAAGAAAGAGAAAUAUGCAAAUUCGAAAUGGAUUUGAAGAAUUUGUUUGUUUGCGCUCCAAUCUAAGUAAUGAUAACACAAUUUCUGCCUAAAGGCCAGGUCUGAAAACAGGUAUGGAUUUUAGAGGUCUGGUCCGAAAACGGGUGCGGAAAAUAACACUCUCUGGUCUGAAAUCGGGUCAGAAUUUAGAGAACAGGGCGGCAUACCCCCACCGAGAAUUCCCAGGGGUUCCCCCUCCCCGGGGGAUCCAGAGACCGACUGUUGAAAUACGUCUUUUCUAUUACGCGAGCCUCUCUGUGAGACAGGGAGUUUACUAUGAAGUAUGACGUCAAAAAACGUUGUAAAAUUACGAGAUUUUUCGGGGUAUUAUGGAAGAACAACAUCCAAGAGGCGUACUUGGCAAAAAUUAGCAUUCCAGGGAAAAUUUCCUUUGGGAUAUUAGCCCACUUAUGCUCUGAUGACUCCAUACAAAUCCUUCUAAAUUCGACUCAGUUCAUAACACUAAGAACCAAGUCAAAAUUAGAAGGAUUUGUAUGGAGUCAUCAAAGCAAAACGGGACUAGUAUCUCAAGACAAUUUGCCCCACAAUGUUUUUGGCAAGUAGGCCAAACAAAUCCCAUAAUUUCCAAAAUUUAUUUUUUUAUGACGACAUCUCUUUAAAACUCUAUGGCAGUGGGGUAUAGGAUAUUCUACACCUCCCUGGGAUAUUUCCCAUCCCCUUACGAUCAUCGGGUCACUGUUUUUUCAACCUCAUUGCAACCGGCCUGUCUACCUACUCCCUUGCCCUACAUAUAAUUAAAUGAUUCACAGGCUAUUAAUUUACAAUUCUUGUCUACUAUUACCGUAUUUAUUCGAUUAACCGCCCUGGGCGCUUUUUUAAUUUUUGGACCUUGUGAGUGGGCGCUUAUUCGAGGCUGGGAGCUUCUUAACUUUUUCUGCCUUUAGGAUGGGCGCUUAUUCGAGGUGGGCGCUAAUUCGAGGCUGGGCGCUUAUUCGAAUAAAUACGGUAGUUUAAGACUUUGAUUACUGGCCCGCUUUACGAAGGUUCGACUGUAUAUUGGCUUUACCAAUGUAUUUACCAAUGAUUUUUUAUAUUCCUAUAGGAAGUCUACGAAGAAGAGAUGGAGAGUGGGGAAGACACAGAUGGCGAGAAGAUCAAGAAAUCGGACGUAAAUAUAGUCAGAAACUACGUGGUUUUGCGGACUCUCCAGGAGGCACUAACGCAGUUUGAUACGGACCUUGGAAAACUCUCUGAAUAAGUUGUAAAAGUUAUCUCAGCUACAAAAAAAUGUUACAUAAAAAGUUAUAGAAAACGUUACUUGUGUUAAUAUUUAAUAUAAUAAGUAAUAUAUGUUAUAUAUCGUAUUGUACUAAUAUAUCUUAAAUGUGUACAGUACAACAUAGCUCGCAAUAUUUCAAAUGGAGAGUUGAAAACAUCUUUCCCAAAGUAGACAAUGAUAUUUACAUGCAAAAUUAACUACAGAAAAGUGUAUAGACGAAGUUGUUUUAUAAAAUAAACCGAUGGU